AUGCUGACCUCCCCGACCGCGGCGUCUUCUGUUGCCACCCCGACCAUCUCAACCAAACCCAACACCGGCAAGCGAGCAGUGGGCGUCUGGUCCAGCGAGGAGCACGACCGAUUUCUCGAAGCGCUCAAGAAGUACCCGCAGGGGCCCUGGAAGGCCAUCACCGAGUACGUUGGGACUCGCUCGGUCCGCCAGGUGCAGACGCACGCUCAAAAGUACCAGGAAAAAGUGUCGCGCAGGCUGCACGGCAUGCAGACGGGCAAGGCCAUUCGUCUGCGGCGUGAACAUCGCAUCGACCACGACAUCUUGGCGCUGCAUACGCUCAUCAGUUUCCCUCCCGAACUACGCAACAAACACGUGCGUCGGAGCCACCCAAGCGAGGCGAAGCGUGCCCCCGUUGUCACGCCGGCGGAACCAUCUGCACCCGUGGUGAAGACGCCCGAGUUGCAGCGCCCCACCAUCGAGUUGAGUGAUAAGGACUUCUGCCCCAUCACGGAUUCGGACGGCGCGUCUCCGUCCUCGGUGUCGUCGUCGUUCCUGUUUGACGACUCUGUCUUCGCCCUCAUGGAUGCCGACCUCCCAACAUUGAGCGAGUCGCUUGACUUCUUCAUCGAGAACUUAUCCUAA